AUUUGUCAGCCAGAUGUGACAAGAGUGUCGAGAGGUGAGUGAAGGAGGAGAUCUGAUAUUAAUCAGUGCAUAGCUCGGAGCCAAACUUUCUCAAAUGCGGUGUAGGAACAUGUUCUUCUCAUUUAAGGCAUCUCUUUGUGGCUGUGAGGCUGCCACCGGUCUGAGUUUGACAGCUAUAGGCUGUACUCUGAACUGCAGUUGCCCAAGUUUCAAACCAGGGAAAAUAAACCACCGGCAGUGUGAACAGUGCAGACAUGGUUGGGUGGCCCAUGCUCUAAGUAAGCUAAGGAUCCCUCCUGUGUAUCCAACAAGCCAGGUGGAGAUUGUCCAGUCCAAUGUGGUGUUUGAUAUCAGCAGCCUCAUGCUCUAUGGGACACAGGCUAUCCCUGUUCGCCUGAAAAUCCUACUGGACCGGCUCUUCAGUGUACUAAAACAAGAUGAGGUCCUCCAGAUCCUACAUUCCUUGGACUGGACCCUUCAGGAUUAUAUUCGUGGAUACGUGCUACAGGACGCAUCAGGAAAGGUUUUGGACCACUGGAGCAUCAUGACCAGUGAGGAGGAAGUGGCCACCUUGCAACAGUUCCUCCGCUUUGGAGAGACCAAGUCCAUAGUUGAGCUCAUGGCAAUUCAAGAGAAGGAAGAGCAGGCCAUCAUCAUACCACCUUCCACAGCAAAUGUGGACAUUAGGGCGUUCAUCGAGAGCUGCAACCACAGGGGUUCUAGCCUCUCCACUCCCAUGGACAAAGGAAGCCAUAGCAGUGUACAUCCCUUUGAGAACCUCAUAAACAAUAUGGCUUUCAUGCUGCCUCUCCAGUUCUUCAACCCCGUACCCCCUGCUCUAAUAGGCUCACUGCCUGAACAGUUUAUGCUGGAGCAGAGUCAGGACCAAAGUCAGGACCCCAAGCAGGAAAUUCAUGAAUCCUUCCCUGACAGCAGCUAUUUGACUUCCAAUUCCACACCAUUUCAAGUCGAAAAAGAGCAGUGUUUAAACUGUCCAGAGACUGUUACUCAAAAGGAAGACAGUGCCCAUUUAAGUGACUCCAGCUCAUACAACAUUGUCACUAAGCUUGAAAGGACACAGUUGUCCCCUGAGGCCAAAUUGAAGUCUGAGAGGAACAGCUUGGGCACAAAGAAGGGCCGGGUGUUCUGCACAGCCUGUGAGAAGACCUUCUACGACAAAGGUACCCUCAAGAUCCACUAUAAUGCUGUGCACCUGAAGAUCAAGCAUAAGUGCACCAUUGAGGGGUGUAACAUGGUAUUCAGCUCCCUGAGGAGCCGGAACCGCCACAGCGCCAACCCCAACCCCCGACUGCACAUGCCAAUGAACAGAAACAACAGGGACAAAGAUCUGCGGAACAGCCUGAACCUGGCCAGCUCUGAGAACUACAAGCGCCCAGGUUUCACCAUGACCUCACCAGACUGUAGGCCUCUACCCAGCUAUACUAGCUCAGGGGAGGAUUCCAAAGGCCAGCCGGCCUUCUCGAGCAUUGGACACAAUGGUGUCCUGUUUCCCAACCUAAAGACAGUCCAGCCAGUCCUUCCUUUCUACCGCAGCCCAGCCACUCCAGCUGAGCUAGCCAACACACCAGGAAUUCUGCCUUCUCUCCCGCUGUUGUCAUCUUCAAUCCCAGAACAACUGAUUUCAAAUGAAAUGCCAUGUGAUGCCCUCCCCAAGAAGAAAUCCCGUAAAUCCAGUAUGCCUAUCAAAAUAGAGAAGGAAAUUGUGGAAAUAGCUAGUGAGAAGAGGCACACCCUCAGCUCAGAUGAAGACAUGCCCUUGCAGGUAGUCAGUGAGGAUGAACCAGAUGCCUGCAGCCCUCAGUCAGUCCAUGCAUCUGAGGAGCAGCACCUGCAGUUAGGACACGUGGGAAAGCCUCUUCUCAAAGGAGAGAGGCCUCACCAUCUCAAAUCAGUGAUUGAGUCCAGUGGAACCAUCCGCCGAAUCCCCGACCAGGCCAUGCACAACUCUGAGAAGGAGCCUGAGCAGAAGCCAUCGUUGACUUUGGUGCCAAGGGAGGUUGAGGACAGUGACUGUGACCACCACCUCCCCCCUGGAUUGGAGCACCUUGGUCCCUUUCCUGACUACAUCAAACUGCAGCAGCAUCUACUGGCUGGGAGCCUCUUCAGUGCACUGUCCAACAGGGGAAUGGCAUUUCCUUGUUUUGAAGAUUCUAAAGAACUGGAGCAUGUGGGUCAGCAUGCAAAACAGAAGGAAGAAAAUCGCUUCCAGUGUGACAUCUGUAAGAAGACCUUUAAAAAUGCUUGCAGUAUGAAAAUGCACCACAAGAACAUGCACACCAAAGAAGCACAUCUGUGCACAGUCGAGGGCUGCAAUGCUACCUUCCCUUCCCGCAGGAGUAGAGACAGACACAGUUCAAAUCUAAACCUCCACCAAAAAGUUUUGACCCAAGAAGCAUUGGAGAACAAUGAAGACCAUUUCCAUGCAGCUUACCUUCUGAAAGAUGUGGCUAAGGGGGCCUAUCAGGAUGUGGCUUUCGCACAGCAAUCUUCCCAGACAUCUGUCAUCUUCAAGGGAACAAGUCGGAUGGGUAGUCUGGUUUACCCAAUAACCCAAGUCCACAAUGCCGGCCUGGAGAGCUACAACUCUGGCUCCCCAAGUGAGGGCACCAUCCUCGAUUUGAGUACUACCUCAAGCAUGAAGUCAGAGAGCAGUAGCCAUUCCUCUUGGGAUUCCGAUGGGGCAAGCGAGGAAGGCAGCAUGCUUAUGGAAGACAGUGAUGGUAACUGUGAAGGGCCAAGCCUUAUCCCCGGGGAAGAUGGCUACCCCAUCUGUGUCCUGAUGGAGAAGGCCGACCAGAGCCUGGCCAGCCUUCCUUCUGGGUUGCCCAUAACAUGUCACCUCUGCCAAAAGACAUAUAGUAACAAAGGGACCUUUAGAGCCCACUACAAAACUGUGCACCUCCGCCAGCUCCACAAAUGCAAAGUGCCAGGCUGCAACACCAUGUUUUCAUCUGUCCGCAGUCGAAACAGACACAGCCAGAAUCCCAACCUGCACAAAAGCCUGGCCUUAUCUCCAAGUCACCUUCAGUAACAAGAUGGCAGACCAAGUAUGCUUGAAUAAGCAUUCAUUAUAAUUCAGGAAUAAGGUAGUCCAAAGAAAUGCUCCUGGCUUUGUUCAGUACCAUUUGGGGCAAG